UAUCCUUAGACUGCAAGCGGUGGCGCGGGAACCUGAUACAUUUAUCGUAAUGCAUUAAUAUGCCAGCCACACAUCUUUCCCUCCUACUAUCAUGGGCGUAGACAAUGGUCCGUCUGAGAAAAGAACACUGUGUGUUGCACAAUAUUGGCGCGGACACGAUUCCAAUGGUAAGAGGAUGCCACUUCACUGGGCACUCUUUGCGAUCACCAACGCAAAUCCCGAUUCAAUCAAAGCCAGCAGCUCUGGGAAAGAACAUUCAGAUCAAGUAGACCACUGGGGAACUUGUUACCAAGCAAUUGGCAACAUCGACACCUUUACCUACUCUUGCAUCGAAGACGAAUGUAUGGAAAUUCUCGCUGAAGGCUAUCGUGGUUGCCUGGUGGUCGGAGAGAUUGAUGUGUUCUCGGAAAAGGAGAUAGGCACGUUGCUCCAACAAGUAACUGUUUAUCGAGGCAGAGAAAACUGGAACUGUCAGAAUUGGGUGCUUGCCGCUCUCGAGAGGCUUAAAACUUCCAAUCAUGUUGCAAGCAACGUUUCACGCGAUGGCGUUCGCAACGAGCUGGAGGAUAUUCUCAACGAUUGGAUAGAAUGACCGGGAUCAAUCUUCACCCCAUACAUUUUGGUAUGUUUCUCGUGCAUUUUUUAA